AUGGUAGUAAGGCAGUCAGGACUCAGGGGUACCCGAAUCUAUCGCCGGCGACGAUGACGCCGGAGUACGGAAUCAAGCUCGCCGUCCAUCUCAUCUCCACCGACUUCGGCGAUCACGCCGCUAAAGUAUGUGAUUGUCUUCUUCGCAAAGGGACUCUAGCACUCGAUGACAUAGUGCGAACCACCAAGCUCUCUCCUCAACAAGUGAAGACUUAUCUGAAAGUCUUAAUCCAACAUAAUUGUGUUCAGGCAUUUGCUAUGGAACAUGAAGGUGGUUGUGGAGAAGGGCCUGUAGUUGUAACUCAAUACAUGUUGUUGUUUGAUAACAUCCUUCACCGCAUGAGGUUUCCCAAGUUAUUGGCAAUCGUGUCCGAAGAACUUGAUAAAGAAUGCGAGGAACUUUUUGAAGCUUUUCUUAAACACGGUUGGCUUACUUUGCAACAGAUUCUAGACAGGGUACCAUCAAAUCAAAAUGAAGGAAAUUGCACAGUUCAGGAUGCUCUGCGAGGAAGCUUUACUAAACUUGUGAAUGCCCAUUAUGUUGAACGCUGCCCUGCUCCUGACCCAUUUCUUGUACCCCCAGAUGAAGAAAAAACUCCUGCAAGGAAGCAUGAUGCUAACUCUGCCAAGGCAGUUGAAGAAUUAGAGAUUGGAGAACAAUGUGAUAUAGCCAAAGCAACUCCUAGCAAAGCAAAAGGAUUUCCAGUUAUAACUGACACCUGCAGUGACAUUAAUGGAGACAAAAGCAUUGACAAUCCCCCUGGUGUUGUAAUUGGGAAAAAGCGCAAGCAAGAUGCUUUAAAAUUGGAUACAGAAUCUGGGGCUGCUUCUGAAAAAGAUGUUCCUUGGCGGGCUAAUUACAAGGAACUUGUAUGUCAUCUCAGGCAUAAGGCCUGCAUUGAAAAUGUGAGAGCUAGGCUGGAUAGUGGAGCUGCCAUCGUCUUAAGUGCUAUGCUGGAGGCAACUCAAAGUGCGGAGAAGAAUGUCAAAGAAGAAAUUUCAGUUCUCUUGUCAAUUAAUACUAUUACUGAAGCAGUGAUGCAGAGUGAAGCAGGUUGUAGUAUGACCUUAGAACGUAUCAGAGCGUCCCUUGUCCAGUUGGGUUGUCAUCCCAAUGGUGUAGGAGCAGAUGAGACAUAUGAUAUAGAUUUGAAGAAAAUUAUUGAACUUGCACAAAAUGAUGAGGUGGAAUCUAUGGUGUUAAAAAGAUAUGGGAGGGAGGCUCAUAGGAUAUUCAGGUUACUUUCAAAGAGUUGUUGCCCACUUGAAACUACUAAGAUUUCAGAUACAACAUUUAUUGAAAAGAAGGAAGCAGCCAAGAUUCUUCAUAAGCUAUGGAAGGAUGAGUGCUUGCAUAUGGAGAAAAUUGUUUUAAAUGAAUCUAGACAAUCACAGUUCAUGUUGUGGAAGGUGAAAAAGGACACAUUUUGGAGACAUAUUCUUGAUGAGAUGUAUCAUGCUGCCUUAAAUUUGAGUAUACGAAUAAUUGAGCUACGGAGAGACAAACAUGUUGGGGCACUAAGGGAAAGAGAUGUGCGAUUAGCGAUACUCCUACAAGCAUCCCUAAUGAAGCUUGAUGAUGCUCUGAUGCUCUUCCAUGACUUCUGAAUGUAAGUGGUUUUUAGAGAUUUAGACUGAAGAUGGAACUUCAUUUUGCAGCUCAAUUCAAUGGAAACUCUCUUAGCAGGCUGUAAGGACAGGGGCCCAUUACAAAACACCCCCUUCGAUGGUUUGCUGAAACUAGUCAGAUUCAAAAGAAAAGAAAGAGACUCUACUCAACUGUUAUUACUCAAUCACUGGAAGUGCAUAGUCCUUAUACUUCUGAAGCUCAGCCUUCUAUCAUCUCGUUCUUUAAUCAAGAAAUCAGCGGAUGCAGCAGAGAGUUCCUACACAUUCAUCUGUUGGUUCAUCAGUUUCUGAAGCCAGCUAAUAGUAGUAAAAGUAACAAUGGCUCCUUUUCCAUUGAUGUAGCUGUUUGGAAAUUAGGAGACGAUGCUUAUUAGGUGCAUUUCUGACCUUUUCUGAUACGAUGGUAGAAUAGUAGUUAAAAAAAUUAUUACACAUGUUCAUAUUUUUUAUCGCAAAAAACACAAAACAGAUACUAUCAAUUGAGUUAUUUCUUUGUUGUUCUCA